AAAGCUUUUUUCUGACUUUAAUCCGUUUUUGGUAUAAAUAGGAAGCUGUGUUAGAAUUUUCAGCUCAUUUCAAGUUUUUCUUUUGUGCUGUUUGUGUCCGUUUUAAAGUGCAACUAUGUUCCGUCUGCUGGUGAUUCUGGCCUGCUUGGCCAUCAGUGUGCAUGGAUAUGCCAAUGGAGCUCCGAAGACCGCCUGCGGGGAUCUGACGCCCCAGCAUGGUGCCAAGUUGCAGACGGAUAAGCCGCCGUACUUUAUCUCCGGGCUGACCCAUGUGCGCGGGAACGAGAAGCUGACCCUGAAACUGGAGGGCGGCGAUUUCCUGGGCUUCAUUAUUCAGGCCCGCGAUGGCCAGAACCGCGUCGUUGGCCAGUUCCAUGUGGUGGAUGCCCAGCACUCGCAGACCUUGGACUGCUCCGCCAAGGGCGACACCCUCACCCACCUGAAGGCCACUAAGGGAAGUCCGCUGACAUCUCUGGAGUUCGACUGGGCGCCGCCAGCAGGAUACAAGGGCAACGUCAAGUUCAUGGCCACCGUGGUGCAGACCGGAUUCGUUUACUGGGUGGGCCGAGUCACCAAGGACGUCACUGUGGAGUAGGGCCACACAUUGCCCCGUUCCCAGCUUGUGAUAGACAUUUUUAAUGCUCCGAUUAGCUUUGGAGAGUAGUAUUUUUGAAAAUAAAGUCGAAAGUUCGUUGAA